ACAUUUACUACAGUAUGUCAGAUUUCAAAGUUGGAAGUCUUGUUUGCGUGUGGGCCGUUGCAGUGGCUGUAACAGGUGGAGUGGACAUCAUCCAGUUUCCCGCCCUGGUCCGGAGCCGUGUUGGGAGGACAGUCAGCCUCUACUGCCAGCUGACAGCCAUAGACUCGCACUGUUACACCGUCGCCUGGAUGAAGCUGCACCGCUGGAGCAACACGCUGGCCGUCUACAAAACAGACGGAGGGAAGGAGAGCGGACGGAAGAAGUCAUGCCGAGUUGACAUCACCAAUCCAACCACGGAAGAUUCUGGAACAUACUAUUGUGCUGUGGUGGAUCAGGAACGACAGGAAAGACUGGUGAUGGGCAACGGAACGACAGUUAUCAUUGAGAGUAAUCCCUCUUCCUCAGUUGAAAUUGCAUUGACUGUCCACCGCAAAAACAAUUCACUUGCUGUCCUCACCUGCCUGGUCACGGGCAUCCACCCAUCCAUUGGACGCGUGUUUUGGGUCCUGGACGAUGGAGAUAGAGAGGAGAGUGGCCACUCGGAAGCCAUCUGGACCAAUAGCAGCAGCCCAUCAGUUGCUAUGGUUACAAGGAACCAACUAGCUGUUUCUCUCCCAGAGGUCAUGGAGCGGACCUACACUUGUGUUGUGCACUACGCACACAACAACACACUCCACAGAAGUCUUUCCUUGAAUGAUCCCCAGAGGACGUGCUACGCCACUACCAGUCUACCUCGAACGAUGGCAGUUGUAUCGACACUUCUGCUGCAGAUGUUGAUGGUCGCAAUGGCACAGUGUUUCAAGAAGUUGAAAAAAAUAAACAGGGAACAGGAGGUUAACAGGCCGGUAGUAAACAGGAGGCAGAAAGGGUCACAGAACUGGAUAAAGGACGACCAAGUAUAUGACUUUGAGAGUUAACGCUACUACACCAGAGGUGGGCAAACUCAGGCAAAGGGACCACAUGCAGCCCGCUGAGCCAUUUCAUCUCAAUAAAGACAGCUUCUAAAUCCUAGACUAAUGGUAGCCUUUAUGUCCAUGUGCUGUUUGGGCAU